GUGUCAAAAUCCCCCGGUCCCCUCUUCCGAAAUCUUUCAUUGUCCUGGUGUUCGGUCUAUGCUGUUGCCAUCAUGGUAUGGAGGACAACGGCCAUCACCUUGAGCACAUGCUUCCUGCUCGGGACCACCUUCACUCACUGGAUUGCUGAUCACAACGUGUUAUGGCGUUCUCCUCUGACUUCUGAGGCUCUGUCGCAAUCCAUAUCCUAUUACGCUCUUCUAGCAAAUGCUCCCAAAGGACUUGAAUGGGUUUAUUUCGCUGCUGGAGCGAUUGCUUUAAUCUGCGCCGGCGGUAGGAUGGUGAAAGAUUGGCGAGGCAGACAUGGCGAAGUUUUAUUCGAUGGGGGCAGUCUAGUCCUCCUUGGAGCUAUUGCGUAUAACCAAUUGACCGAGCUUGCUCCCACCCUCGCUCUGUUUCCCUUGUCUGUCCCUACCGACCUUCCAAAACAUUCCCUUUGGCCAGUACUGGUCACUGCCGUACGAGACCUAGCGAACGACAAUGUUAUCACUGCGGUCAUGCUGACCGGUGUUAUGCUGUUGCAAGCGGGUCGAUAUCAUGCCAAAAAGAAAUCCCCCAUUCCCUCCACCCCCACUUCAUCCCAGAGUCCAGCAGUUUCCCGUACCGGCAGCCCAUUAUUAGACAGGAAGUCGACGCCGUACAGAGAGUUGACAGAGCAGGAAGCUUUUGAGCUGCGCGCGGACACAAGUGACGAUGAUUCGGGUUCUAGGUGAUGUCAUGCAUAUUACAAUGCCAGCACACCUUUGGUGCUGGGAACGUCGUUUCCUCCCGUUCGAGUGAUCGCCAUCCUGAGGGCAAGGGCCAGAGCUUUGAAAGCUGACUCGGCGCUAGGGAUGUCAGCGUCCGCAUUUUAUUCGUUGC